AUGUCGCCGUCAAAACAUCGUGUAAUUCGCGCACAACUCGGAUUUCUUUUUCGCGCUGAUGGUUCAUGCGCUUUGGAACAAGGACGAACAGUUGUUUGGUGUGCUAUUAAUGGUCCAGGUGACACUGGUUCUUCAAAACGUUUGAAUGAAAAACUUCAUAUUGAAGUUAGAACGAUUGUUGCAUCAGCCAUAAGACAAGUGGUGGACUGCACUCGAUACCCAAGAACAGUUCUAACUGUGGCACUUCAGGGACUGCAGUUGGACGGUUCUGAAAUUGCAGCAAAUUUAACAUCAUCUUGCUUAGCGUUAUUGGAUAAUGGUAUUGCAAUGAAUGGUAUUUUUUGCGGCGUCACUAUUGCAUCUGUUAAUGGUAAACUUAUUGUUGAUCCAACUAGAAAAAUAAUCUGUAAUACGAAUGCUAUAUUUACAUUCGCUGUGAAACGCAGCGCAGCUGGCACAGAGGUAAUUGCAAGUGAUACAGAAGGAUGCUUCGAGUGGAAUAGCUAUGAAGCAGCGGUCAAAUUGGCUUAUGAAGCUUCUAGUGAUAUUUUUGCAUUUUUUCGUGAAACAUUUCAAAGAAAGCUUAGUGUUGAUAUUUGGAGAAACAUAAAUAUUAAAUUUUAA